AUCCGCCGCCAUGGCCUGGACCAAAUACCAGCUGUUCCUGGCUGGGCUCAUGCUCGUCACCGGCUCCAUCAACACGCUCUCGGCCAAGUGGGCAGACAACUUCGUGGCCCCGGGCUGUGGAGGGAGCAAGGAGCACAGCUUCCAGCAUCCCUUUCUCCAGGCAGUGGGCAUGUUCCUGGGGGAGUUGUCCUGCCUGGCGGCCUUCUUCCUGCUCCGGUGCAGAGCUGCGAGGCACCCAGAUGCCAGCAUGGAUCCCCAGCAGCCCUUCAACCCCCUUCUUUUCCUGCCCCCUGCCCUGUGCGACAUGACAGGGACCAGCAUCAUGUAUGUGGCCCUGAACAUGACGAGUGCCUCCAGUUUCCAGAUGCUCCGGGGCGCAGUGAUCAUAUUCACAGGCCUAUUCUCAGUGGCCUUCCUGGGGCGGAGGCUGGCGCUGAGCCAGUGGCUGGGCAUCCUUGCCACCAUCGUGGGGCUGGUGGUUGUGGGCCUGGCCGACCUCCUGAGCAAGCAUGAUGAUCAGCACAAGCUCAGCGAAGUGAUCACAGGGGACCUGUUGAUCAUCAUGGCCCAGAUCAUCGUCUCCAUCCAGAUGGUGCUCGAGGAGAAGUUCGUCUACAGGCAUAAUGUGCACCCGCUGCGGGCGGUUGGCACUGAGGGCCUCUUUGGCUUCGUGAUCCUGUCCCUGCUGCUGGUGCCCAUGUACUACAUCCCCGCCGGCUCCUUCAGUGGAAACCCCCGAGGGACGCUAGAGGACACGCUGGACGCCUUCUGCCAGGUGGGCCGACAGCCGCUCAUCGCCCUGGCGCUGCUGGGCAACAUCAGCAGCAUCGCCUUCUUCAACUUUGCGGGCAUCAGCGUCACCAAAGAACUGAGCGCCACCACCCGCAUGGUGCUGGACAGCCUGCGCACCAUUGUCAUCUGGGCACUGAGCCUGGCACUGGGCUGGGAGGCCUUCCACCCUCUGCAGAUCCUGGGCUUCUUCAUCCUCCUGAUGGGCACCGCCCUCUACAAUGGGCUGCACCGCCCACUGUUGACUCGCCUGGCCAGGGGCCGGCCCUCAGCAGAAGAGGGCGAGCAUGAGAGACUGCUCGCUGGUGCUCGGACUCCCAUCAAUGAUGCCAGCUGAGCCUCUGGUGGGUUCUCUGCUGCUACCUGGAUGCACCUUGUCCACCCUGAGGCCGAGGCCACACAGUGGACAGUGUCCUGUCCCCAAGGCCUCACCCUGCCCCUCCUCACAGACCCCCAAACCCCCCAGAGCAGCUGCUGCCACAGGAGAUGACCAGACACCCAGGUCCUCCUUUGUCACCACCCCCGGCAGCCCCCACAGGCCUGAGUGCGGUGACCUACG